AUGCUUCUUUCUUUGCUCAGGUUUAGGCUGCCAGGAGUUGUCCAGGCGUCCAGGCAAUUGGCCAGGACGUCAUUGGCUAAUCUGCGCCCGCAGGUUUCGUUUACCAGACCGUUAUCUCGAGGAUCCACAGUGGCAGUGAAAUCCAGGUUGGGCCACAUUUGCUCCAGAGGGUUCCACACAUCGAAAAGAUUAUCUGAGAAUGGUAAGAAGGACUCUUCGACAUACUUGUUCGGCCGCCAAAUCUCUACUUCGCAAUUUAAAAUGCUUAGAUCGCUAUUGGUGACAAUUUGGCCGAAGAACAAACCUAGCUUCAAGGUGAGAGUGGUUAUUGCUCUUCUGCUAUUGGUUGGUUCUAAGCUUUUGAAUGUCCAGGUUCCAUUCCUUUUCAAGUCGAUUAUUGACGAGAUGAACGUCGAUUGGUCAGAGCAAUUGGGUACGCUAGGCACGGUGAUGGGUACCAUGAUUAUUGCUUACGGUGGUGCUAGGUUCGGUGCUGUGUUAUUUGGUGAGCUCAGAAACGCUAUCUUUGCUUCAGUGGCGCAGCUGGCUAUUAAAAGAGUGGCUAACAAUACUUUUAAGCACUUGCUUGAUAUGGACUUGCAGUUCCACCUUUCUAGGCAGACGGGUGGUCUCACACGAGCCAUUGAUCGAGGGACCAAAGGUAUCAGUUAUGUGCUCAGUGCAAUGGUGUUCCACAUUAUUCCAAUCGGUUUUGAAAUCAGUGUUGUUUGUGGUAUUUUAACUUAUAACUAUGGUCUUUCCUUUGCCGCUGUGACAUUGAUGACAAUGAUUGGAUACUCUGUUUUCACCAUCAGAACCACUGCUUGGAGAACUGGUUUUAGGCGUCAAGCUAACAACGCCGAUAACCAAGCUGCAUCCGUUGCAUUGGACUCAUUGAUCAACUAUGAGUCAGUCAAGUACUUUAACAACGAGGCGCACCAAUGUGCCAAGUACGACAAGUCCUUGACAAGCUACCAAAAUGCAUCCAUCAAGGUCGCCACUUCUUUGGCAUUCUUGAACGCUGGACAGAAUUUGAUUUUCACACUGGCGCUCACUGCUAUGAUGUAUAUGGGUUGUCAAGGUGUGGCCACAGGUGCUCUUAGUGUUGGUGAUUUGGUCUUGAUUAACCAGCUUGUCUUCCAGUUAUCUGUACCACUUAAUUUCUUGGGUUCAGUUUACAGAGAACUCAAGCAAUCGUUAUUGGACAUGGAAAACCUUUUCCAAUUGCAGAAUUACGAUAUUAAGGUACAGAAUAAGCCUGGUGCAGACAACCUCACAUUAAACCCAAUCCGUCCGGGUGAAAUACGCUUUGAGAAUGUUACCUUCGGAUACCAUCCUGACAGACCGAUUUUGAAAAAUGCUUCCUUUGUCAUUCCACCCGGUCAAAAAGUCGCUAUCGUCGGUCCAUCUGGAUCGGGAAAAUCCACUGUUCUCAAGCUUGUAUUUAGAUUCUAUGACGUGGAUUCUGGAAGAAUUCUUAUCGAUGGCCAAGACAUUUCUAAAGUCGAUCUUGAAUCUUUAAGACGUUCUGUUGGUGUUGUCCCGCAAGAAACGCCAUUAUUCAAUGAUACAAUAAUGGAGAAUAUUCGAUAUGGUCGACUUGACGCUCAUAACGAUGAGAUCAUGUCGGCUGUAUCCAAGGUGAGGCUUGAUGCACUUAUUAAGGAGCUUCCAGAUGGAAUGGAUACAAUUGUCGGAGAGCGAGGAUUGAUGAUUUCUGGCGGUGAAAAGCAAAGACUUGCCAUUGCCAGGCUUCUUUUGAAGCGCGCUCCAAUUACAUUCUUCGACGAGGCUACAAGUGCUCUUGAUACUCAUACCGAGCAGGCAUUGCUUAGGACUUUGAGAAGCGUGUUUAUUGAGGGGCGCUCAACAAAUGUCUCCAUUGCACACCGUCUUCGUACCAUUGCAGACAGUGACAAGAUUAUUGUGUUGAACAAGGGUGCUGUUCAAGAAGAAGGAACACACCAGAGCUUGCUUAACCAGUCAGACUCGCUCUACGGAGAACUCUGGAACAUUCAAGAGAACCUCGACUUGGAGGAAGAGUUGAAGAGAAGAGAUGAAGAAGAAGAGGAAGAAAGACAGAAGAAGCAACGCGGGAUCUCCGAGACAAAGUCGCCUAAAAACGCAUAA